CGCGGGGUGAUUGUUUAGCUCCACGGGCUUCAGCGCCUACCAUGAAUCUCUAUUCAGUAUCAAAGCGUCCUGCUGCUGCCUCUCAACCGAAUGGGAUUCCAUGUUGUCUGCAGAUAGACUUAACUUUAGAAAGUUUUUUUUUUCCUUUAUUUUUUUUAUUGCGAUUAAAAUAUAUUUGCCAUCAUUAUUAUUAUUUUGCCUGCUGUCAAGUUAUUCUAAAAUUAGGAAGCAAUGAGCGUGGAUGCUUUGGGAAGCCCCGUGAUGGACCCUGCGUUUUCCAAACGGAACACGGCUCUGAGAUUAGUUGACUUGGCAGGGGCUCACCACCAUCACCAUCAUCACCACCAUACCCCUCAGAGCGUGACAGGCUUCCCGGGGUUCGGCAGCCAUCCACACUCAAUGGCUCACUCGCACCCUGGGGAGAUUACUGCGGAACCCCGCCUGGGGCCGAGUCCAUUCGGGCCAGAACACAUGGGGCACACCGCGGCCCUCAAAAUCAGCCCAGCCCAUCAUUAUCCCCACCACCAUCACCACCACCACAAUCAUCAUAUGGCAGGCCACAGUGAAGUGGUCUCCAGUCAAACGGGAGCUUUUGGCCCGGUUCAGCCGACGUCGGUCCCUUAUUCUAUGCCCCACACGGCCCAGGCUCUAUCCGCAGGUAGGGAUUUCCUCAUCCGGAGAGAUCUGACGGCUCAAGCCAUGCCAGUACUGACUGACCAGACUGCUGGUUCAGCCUCUCACCACGGAAUGUUUGUCUCAACAACAGGUAGCUAUCCCGGACACUAUGGUCACCACCCUGACGCAGGGAACCACACCACCCUCUUAUCCGGACUCCACCACGAGCAGCCUUCCAGCGGAUCACCGGGUGGCCAGGCGCUGAAUGGACAAAUAAGGUUAGGACUACCUGGAGAAAUGUACGUUCGGUCUGAUCACUUAAGUCAAGUAGCAAGCUCCAGGGCUGAUCCCUUUUCCGCAUCACCUCUGCACGGCUACGGCGGUCUGAAUCUAAACAUGAAUCUCGGCGCUCAUCACCACCCGCAUCACCCCCACCCCCACCACCAUGGAGGACCCGGAGCUUUUUUCCGCUACAUGAGGCAGCCGAUAAAGCAAGAGCUUAUUUGCAAGUGGCUGGAGCCGGAGCUCUCGCCCAAGAAACUCUGCUCCAAAACUUACAGCACCAUGCACGAACUCGUCACGCAUGUUACGGUGGAGCACGUCGGAGGACCGGAGCAGGCGAACCACAUAUGCUUUUGGGAAGAGUGUCCGAGGGAAGGCAAGCCGUUUAAGGCAAAGUACAAGCUGGUGAAUCACAUUAGAGUUCACACCGGGGAGAAGCCGUUUCCCUGCCCCUUCCCUGGCUGCGGGAAAGUGUUUGCAAGAUCCGAGAAUCUAAAAAUCCAUAAAAGGACGCACACAGGUGAGAAACCCUUCAAGUGUGAGUUCGACGGUUGUGACCGACGCUUCGCCAACAGUAGCGACCGGAAGAAGCACUCCCACGUGCACACCAGCGACAAGCCCUACAAUUGCAAAGUUCGGGGCUGCGACAAGUCCUACACUCACCCCAGCUCCCUACGGAAGCACAUGAAGGUUCACUGCAAGUCCCCCCCGCCCAGUUCGGGCUAUGAGUCGUCCACUCCCUCCCUGGUGUCCCCCUCAUCGGACUUGGGCCGGGAGCCGGCCGGGGGCCCCUCGGUACUGUCGGAUCCAUCGGUGGGGGCCUCGCAGCAGCAGCAGCAGCAGCCAGCGAAUUUAAGUGAGUGGUACGUGUGCCACAGUUCAGGUGCAAGCGGUGGGCAUACACCACCCAGCGGCCACUCCACGCCCGACCCUUCGGAGGAACCUCCCUACAGGAACCCCCAACCCAGGGAUGCGUUCUGAGUUCAACGUCAGCACACAUUUCCAAAAGCUCAACUCCUGAAAUGGUUUGCCUAUAUACCUGUGAGGGCCCUCUGGUCCACCCUUUUCCCUUUUUUGUUAUGAAUAAUUCACCAGGACAGACACUCCGAGCCAAGAGACGCACUUAACUCUACUGGAAGGAAACUGCGCAAACCUUCCAGGCAUGGUUUCUUCUAACAGGAACUGAUAUUUUUUAUUAUUAUGUUAAGCUUAUCCAAAACUGAUGGCUCGUUGCUUCUCCUGCGAACUCCACUUGUGGAGAGAGACAUGUAUAUCUCGUUAGACUAUGUGGUACAUUAUUGUAGGCUGUAGGCAUGAUGGUGUGCAACAUGUUUUUGUAAAAAAAAAAAAAAAAAAAAAAAGUCAUUUCUGCCUUCAGUAUGUUUUUGUAUUUAUUUUUCAAUCGGAUUUGGAGAUAUUUUGUACGAUCGAACCAAAGUGCAUGUUUUAAAAAUCGAAGCAGAUUGUACAUUUGUAAAUUUUGUACAAGUUUCAAUGUGUUUGAAUGUUGAUUAGUUUUGUAAGGAGCGGUUUACAUCUUUUUUUAUCCUUAUUUUAUUUUUAAUGAAAUUGUGCGAAAAGGAACGAAAGAAUUCAGCUGUUUCAUAAGCUUAAAGUAUUUCGUAUAUGACGUCAAUUAUAAAUGUUUUAUCAAAGUAAAAAAAAAAACGAAAUCUGGUGAUUUUUGUAUCAUUGUCGGUGUUUUUUUUUUUUUUUUGUGUUGUUUUAUCUAAAAAUCAAGCACUAAAUACGUACCGAACUGCCUUGUAUUUUGUGAGUAUUUGGAAUAAAUCUUGUAUGACAGUGAAAUA